UCAGAGUGCUGAAAGCGAACUAAAGGGAAGUCUGAGGAAAGGUGUCUAUGGUCACAUUUAUAAUUACCCCUUCAAUCAGUUUGAUACUAUCCUUGACAUGGAAAAAGAUUAUGUGGCUCCUCAGAUAGAAGAGGAAGAAGAAGGUGAGAUAGAGUAUGCUGAAUGUGUUGAUAUCGAGAUGGGUGAAAUGGAAGAUAUGGAAUACUUUGAAGGCUUUGGUGGUGAAGAUGGUAAUAAAUGUUUAUUUCAACAAAAUGGUUUGAAUGAAAUACUUGCAGAUGAUGGUUUGAAUGAACCAGUAACAAAGAAGCCCAAGGGACCAUGCUCUGAUUUAAGAUCAAAGAAUGGGCAGAGGUCUACGAAAGCUAUCACCGAGCUAGCUGACUAUGAAAUAGCAAAACCAAGGGAGAACUCUAGCUGGCAAAACAGGCACAAGCAGCCGAAUGGGCAAUAG